CAGGGCGAAAACGGUGAGAUCUGUUGCCGCCAUGGCGCUGCCUUCGGAUGCCAAAGUCAAGCAAGAAUUUCGGAAGCAAAUGGACAUGUGCAGAGAGCACUGGCUGCGGCAUUUCUGUGAGGCAGAUGCUGAACAGCGGCAGCUUUUGCAGUGGCUGCUGGAAGAAGGACUUUCGCGCCCUGCUGGCUUUCAGGCCCGGAUAGACCAUUCACAACGACUGAAGACUCUUGGCAACGACUGGUAUGGCAGGGAUGAUUACCGUCGAGCUCUUCAUUGCAACCUGGGGGCACUUCAUUCAGUGGACUUCACGCCGCAAGAGCAGUUGGACAUGGAUGAUGGCCAAAGGCUUGCAGUUGCCAACAUGUUGCUGCCCAUCGUCAGCAACCUUGCCCAAGUCUUUCUCAAACGGGGUGACUGGCGCAAUGCCAUCAAGGCAGCGACAUUGGGCCUUCGCCACUUGGGCAAAACAUCGCUGGAAGAUGCAAAUAAGUUUGAAGCAAAGUUGCGCUUUCGAAGAGCGCUUGCUCGAGGAGAGCCAGGCCCUGAGCGAGACUUGGGCCGGGCGCUGGACGACCUACGCGAAGCUGCUCGCAUCAUGCCAACGAGUGCUGACAUCCGAGGCUGCUUGGAGAACUGCAAGGGCCUCUUGCGAAAGGAGCAUAAGUUGCAAGCCGAGGCUGCUGGCACUGCCGGGCAAGAUGAUCCAGACGCACCGGAUGCCCUGGAUGGCGAAUCUGAUGGAUGUGGUGGUGCGGGUGCUGAAUUGCGUGAAGAAGGUCAGCUCUCCAACGCGCAGGAGAAGUUUGCUGAGCAUGUUGGGCGCUGCCUUGGAAAGUUGCGCCGUUACUGGAGGAACACAAGGCUUACUUUUCUCAGGACCGCCAGAAAGCUGCUGUCAUUGGCAGGAUUCAGCUGGGCAUGGCGGAGCGAUGAGAC